GCGAGGGAGCGCCACAAGUCGAGUUCGGCUCACUGCAAAAACAGAACCCGCCUGUGAUGACAUAUCUUUGAACGUUUGUUUUCAUCAUAUUUUUGCCACAAAUUUCAUCAUGCCGAUGCUGACAGGCGUAAAACACAUAAUCCUGGUUUUGUCAGGAAAAGGGGGUGUUGGCAAAUCUACUGUGAGCACGCAACUAGCUUUGGCUAUGAAAGAAGCCGGGUUUAAAGUGGGCUUGCUGGACGUAGAUUUGUGUGGACCAAGUGUGCCUUAUUUACUGCAGCUGGAAGGGAAAGACGUUCAUCAGUGUGCUGAAGGGUGGGUACCAGUGUAUGCUGAUGCAGAGCAAAGACUAGCCGUCAUGUCAAUAGGAUUUCUUCUCAAAGACCGGGAUGACAGUGUUGUAUGGAGAGGUCCCAAGAAGAAUGCCAUAAUCAAGCAAUUUCUCUCUGAUGUUUACUGGCAAGAUAUAGACUUCUUGAUAAUUGACACUCCACCUGGUACAUCCGAUGAACACAUCACAGUAAUGGAGAACCUGAAGGAUCUUCCUUGUGAUGGUGCACUUCUAGUAACAACAUCUCAAGCAGUGUCUGUAGAAGAUUGUAUGAAAGAGCUUUCUUUUUGCAAGAAAGCUAACAUACCAGUACUUGGUGUUCUUGAGAAUUUGAGUGGCUUUGUAUGUCCAGUGUGUUCUGAAUGCACCAAUAUAUUUUCUUCUGGAGGAGGACUGUCUCUUGCAAAUCUAACCAAUGUUCCAUUUUUGGGUAGCUUACCAAUUGACCCAUCACUUGGUGCAUGUGGUGAGAAAGGGCAAAGUUGUAUCACUGUGAAUCCAAGUAGUCCUGCUGCUAAAGUAUUUCAAGAACUGGUUCAAAAAAUAGUUGAGAAAAGCAAGGAGACAGUGAAAGUUGCAGAUUCAUUGUAAAAAUUUCAAUCUAUUUGAAAUUUCCAUUUCAACUAAUUUUCUAUGAAUUGUAACUGACAUUUUCAUAUUUUAUUUACACCUAAGAAUAUUUUUUCUUUGUACAUAGAAUCUAUAUAAUUUAAUCAGU